UGCUUUCCAGUCAGUCAGUCGAUGCUGUAUGAAUAUGACUCAUUGAAACGUCGAAGCAUCCUGAUCCUCUCUUUCCACAGAACUAAUUCAAAGCUUGACUGUAAUCAUGUGUAAUGUCUACUUUUGUUAUCUCAGUAGUUCGAGCUCAUAAAGUGUAGGAUAUUACAGGGCAAUUUAGUUCCUGAGUUGAAAAGGUUGUCGGCAUUUAUCUGAAUAGAUGGAGUUCUACACUGCAACACUAACCCUUCUUACCGCAACCCUGAUUCUAUUUUGGCUAUGGACGAGAAAAGUCUUUAGUUUCUGGAGCAACUGUGGUGUGGAAACUACCCCAUUCUCCUACUUAUGGGGGCAUCUGAGAACCCCUUUCUUUCACGGUCCAGCCUUAGGCGAUAGAAUCAAACUGAUCUACAAUCAUCUCAAAUCUAAAAAUUUGAAACAUGGAGGUUUCUAUCUUUUAUUCGAUCCUAUCUACGUUCCGAUGGAUUUGGAUAUAUGCAAGGCCAUCCUACAGACCGAUUUUCAGCACUUUGUAGACAGAGGGGGGAGGGUUUUCAACGGUGAUCCUUUGACGGCACAUCUGUUGAAUUUGAAGGGUAAAAAAUGGAAGAAGAUGAGGAGUAAGUUGACUCCUGCCUUCAGCUCUGGCAAGAUGAAGAUGAUGUUUGAGACUUUGCUCGCUUGUACCAACAGCCUUGAUAAAAUUAUGGAUGAGCUUUUGAGUUCAGACAUAGACAUCAAAGAUGUUUUAGGGAGAUUCACAACAGAUGUCAUAGGAACCUGUGCGUUUGGCAUCGAAUGCAACAGCUUAGAGAACCCUGAUAAUGAAUUCAGGCUAAAAGGAAAAGCCAUUUUCGAGCGUCCAAAAGACUUCUGGAUGAUAAUGUACGAACGUUUCUUCAUAUACUUACCGAAUCUCAUGCAAUUCCUCAACUUGAAGUAUAUCGACAAGGAGGUCACCAAUUUUUUUGUCGGGAUAACGAAGAAAACUAUCGAAUAUAGAGAGAAGAAUGGUGUUAGACGUAAGGAUAUUAUGGAUCUCUUGAUUCAGCUCAAGAAUAACGUGAAAUUGGCGGAUAAUGAUCAGACUCCGGUUGAUAAGGAUCUUCCAGAGGAAGAGAGUGGGAUCAGCGUGGACGAAAUAGCAGGGCAGGCUUUCCUAUUUUUCGAAGCAGGGUUCGAGACGUCUUCUACAGCUAUGACUUUUUGCUUGUACGAACUGGCGUCCAAUAAAGAUGUUCAGGACAAGUUGAGACAAGAAAUAAACGAGGUUCUUGCGAAAUAUGACAAUAAGAUUACUUACGACGCUAUUAUGGACAUGCCGUAUUUGGAAAUGGUCAUACAAGAGUCCUUGAGGAAAUAUCCUCCCAUACCAACUUUCAGGAGAGUGUGUACCAAGAGCUAUAGGGUUCCUGGUACGGAGAUAGUUCUUCAGAAAGGUGCAAAUGUUCUGAUACCUGUGUAUGGUAUUCACUAUGACCCUUUGUAUUACCCUGAACCUGAAAAAUUCAUCCCGGAGAGAUUUUCUGAUGAAAAUAAGAAGUCUAGGCAUCCUUUCGCAUUUCUUCCGUUUGGUGAAGGCCCGAGGAUGUGCAUAGGUAUAAGAUUUGGCUUAAUGGAGGCUAAGGUUGGAAUAAUAACUCUCCUGAAGAGAUAUGAGUUUGAGGUUAGCAGUAAAACAAAGCAACCCUUGGAAUGGAAUCCAAAGAAUUUUGUAUUAUCAGCGAAAGGAGAAAUUUGGCUUAAGCACAAAAGAAUUAAUUGAAUUUUAUGUUAAAUAAUAUUUUUUAAUAAAAAUUGAAUCAAAA